AUGGCGGACAAUACUGAGUUAUAUGAUAAACUUGAGGAUUUAUCUGACCUUGAAAUUGCUCUCCUACUCUGUCUCGUCUCCCAGGAACAUGGCAUCAUCGAUACAGACCCUGAGGCUAUCGAUGAUCUAGGUAGAGAGUUGAGCCUGAUUGUCGAGAAUACGUUUGGGUUAUCAAAUGUUGUUUUUGAUGGCUCUCCUCAUACCUCCCUUGAGGAGUUCAGCAAUGCAAUUUUGACACCGGAGAGAGAUAGAAAUGAGAGUCGAAGAUCUCGAUACUCACAGUCAAGCGCUGAUUCGCGGCUGAGACAGAGCUACUUGGACGAUAGGAAAGUCGUCAAUGUCAUCAUUGCGAAGAGGUUUGACCAGACGCCCGACGAAGUUCAGGUCCAAGCCUUGGAGCUUAUUCGGCUGAAGCGCAUCUUUACCAGAACUGCGGUACAUAACACACCAAAAACAUUUCUUUUCAUCCCAUUGGUUGCCGCCAAUGGUAAACCUUUAUCAUCGUUACUAAACAAACACCUGAAUGACCACAUUUUCGUUUCUCAUUUUCAUGACGCAAUGGAUGGGUUUGCAAAUCUUGAAGAUGAUUCCGGUUGGAUAUCCGAUGGAGCGGCUUCAUCCUUGUCAGUAGUUCGGCCGUCUUCUCAUUUAUCACCGUCCAUCCAUCGACCGCGUCCAAUUCUGGAAGAAGAAAUUACGAUCCUCCGACGACUAGGCGAUAGCGUAACUAUUUCCGCCGACAUGACUUGCUAUCUUCACAACUUUAUUGUGUUUUUAAGGCUUCACCGUGGAGUUUCCGGUGGUAUAUCAGCCGCAUCAACUUGUCACUUUCAGACAUUAGCUAGAUUCCUGGCUCCGUUGCAACGGCUAGAUUGCUUAGUCCCUUCACUGGUCGCCAUUGCUGCCAAAAAGGCAUACAGGCAUCGCAUCGUCGUUGCUCGUCCAAAAGACGAUCGCAGUCUGCUCUAUGGGAGCAGCUUGGCCGCGGCCAGAUCUGUUUUAGCAGAUCUGACCCCGGAGAGUAUUAUUGAGGAAGUCCUAACAGAGGUCGAGGCACCUCUAUAACUGGAAUGAUUUCCCAAUGUUGUCAAGGUUGAUUGAUUGAUGUGCUGUUCUGGCAAUACUGGCAUUACUGUAUCUCUACAGUGGAGGUAUUGUUAGCCUUGAACAUGGAUGAGCGAGCACAGUAUUACCCUUAUGGGUCUUCAUUUUGCCUGGUACCUUCCAGGUCCAGGUCAAAUGUUUGUGCUCCUGACCACAGGACCAGGGUCGAAGAAGAAAUGUCGACGACAUGAGUACACAUUGUGGUAAGGUCCUGAAUGUACAUCCUGAGAUGAGCAGAACAAUUACAGUGCCAUAGGUAGGUUGUGUUCUUACCCAGUGAAAACCAUUUAGCAGUGUGCCCUGCCUUUCUCAGUUGAACAAGGCCCCAUUCAAUUGACAGCCCUGGUGCCUUACACUGAGAGUGUCUCUUGAUAUCACCGGGAGAUGGAAGGGUGAAUUCCAGCUGCACAUUCCUUGGUGGCUUCCAAAGCCUCCACUUUCCUUUUUUUCACCUGGAAAAUGAAGCAGGAUUCUGGUGCUUGUGUACUUCUACAUUUGUUGAUUUCGUUCUCCAAAUGCUACCGCUCUAACAAUUUUUC